AUGGCUCUGUUUAUCCACGCUCUGUGGGGCGGCGGCAAGCCUCUGGCGCUGGUGCUCACCACGGUGCUCCUCUGUGUGCUGCGGCCAGGUGGGCAGCUGCCCAAGGGCAAGGAGGAGUUCUCCUCCAUGGCGGACGUGUACAACCACGAGCUGACGCCGCUGCAGAAGCACGUCGCCUUCUUCGACCGCAACAAGGACGGCGUCAUCCACCCCUCCGAGACCUACGAAGGGUUCCGCGCGAUCGGGUGCGGCGUCGCGCUGUCCGCCUUCAGCGCAGUCUUCAUCAACGGACUGCUCGGUCCCAAGACCAUACCGGAGAACAUGAAGGUUGGAGCUUUCAAGUUUCCGAUCUACGUAAAGAACAUCCACAAGGGCAAGCAUGGCAGCGAUUCGGGCGUGUACGAUGCCAAUGGAAGGUUUGUUCCUGAAAAGUUUGAAGAGAUAUUCAAAAAGCAUGCUCACACCAGGCCUGAUGCCCUGACAGGCAAAGAGCUGAAUGAGUUGCUUCAAGCAAACAGGGAGCCUAACGACUUGAAAGGACGAGUGGGUGGCUUCACGGAGUGGAAAGUUCUCUACUCGCUGUGCAAAGAUAAGGAGGGAUUUCUUCACAAGGAGACUGUCAGGGCAGUCUACGAUGGCAGCCUGUUUGUGAAGUUGGAGCAAGAGAGGAAGCAAGCUAAGGAAUCUGCCAAGAAGAAAUGA